AUGGCUCCGCUUUGGCUACUGCUCUCUCACUCAAAUGUUUGUUUGGAGGGUCCCACAGACAGCAGCUUUGACAUGGAUGUGGGCUUUGGCUCCGGCCUGGUUCCACGAACCCUGGAAGCCAUCUUCCACGCGCUGAGCGAGGAGCCUGAUACAGUUUGUGUUGCCUCUUUCUACGAGAUCCACAACGAGCGGAUCCGAGAUCUCCUUGCACCUGCGACACCGAAGGAAGCACCUGCUUGGCAGGAUGGCGGCAGCGGCGGACAGCCGCGAAACGGUCGCGUGCAUGGCAAGACAACAGUGCAUUUUCAUCCUCGUUUCGGUGCUUUCGUGGCGGGUGUCGAGGAAGUACCGUGCGACGACGUGCAAGAGGCGCUUCGUCUCGUCAGCUUCGGGUUGCAGGUCAGAACAACUGCCGCCACCAUGCUGAACGAUCGUUCGUCUCGGUCACAUGCAAUUUUUUCUCUGCGAAUGGAGCGGUCUACAUCCAGCAACAGUAUCAUGCUGGUGGACUUGGCUGGCCGUGAGCAGGAACGGCUAUCCAUGUGUCGCACAGAGCGGUUCAAGGAGUUGACGCUGAUCAACCGGUCACUGUUCCAUUUGGCCCACUGCGUCCGGGAACUGGCGGCAUCUCAGGUUGGUGCCGGAACUGCCAACAGCGCGCAGCAACACGGCAAAGACAGUGCUCAAUGGCAUCAUUUCAGGAACUCCAAGCUGACGAUGGUCUUGGGGCAUGCCUUGGCCGGGAAUUCGCACACUGCCGUGGUCGGGACUAUCUCGCCUGCGCAGAUCUCCUUUGAGGACUCUUUGGCUACGCUGAGAUUCUGCGAGUCGGUCAAGCAGGUUCGAACAAAGCCUGCGCUGCCCGUCUCCCACAGAGAGGAUGUAGUCAUGGAGUUGCAGGCCAGGGCUGCUUCUAGGGUUCUGCUGCUGUCAGCAUCAUCGUCUCCGUUUGGCAAUAGAUUCUGUGAUUUAAUUGCCCUGGCUGCCGUCAGGAAUGUAGGGGCCUUCAUAUUUACAGCAGGGUUUUUGGGGUAUCUCAUACAAGCAGCUUUCGGACGAUACCCAAGGGAAUAA